AUGGUUGGGUCUGCCACGGUAAAAGACGUUAAUCCUCAUGAGUUUGUUAAAGCCUAUGCUGGAUAUCUUAAACGGUCUGGUAAACUAGAAGUUCCAAAAUGGGUUGACCUGGUCAAAACUGGCGCAUAUAAAGAACUAGCACCGUAUGACGCUGAUUGGUUCUACAUUCGAGCAGCUGCCGUCGCUCGUCAUAUCUAUUUACGAAAUGGUGUAGGUGUUGGAGCAUUAAAAAAACUUCAUGGUGGACGUAAGCGAAGAGGCACCCGCCCCUCACAUCACGCAGAUUCAUCUGGCGCUAUAGCGCGUAAAGUCCUUCAGGCACUAGAGAAAAUAAACGUACUAGAAAAAGAUCCUAAAGGAGGUCGUAAAAUUACACAAGAUGGGCAGCGUGAUCUUGAUCGCAUCGCUCAAACUGUACUUCAAAAAAAAUCAGAAGAAUAA